AUGAACGUUUUCAGAACUAAUAAGAUAGUAUAUGCCAACCUCUAUAGGUACUCCACUGCCAGUAAGUUGCAAUCGAAGCCUAUAAUUUCUAAUGAAGUUUCAGCAAGGCAAAAGCUUUACAUUACGGAUCCCUUAUCCCCAGGAUCUAUCUUCUUUUUACCGAAUGGGACUAAGAUAUUCAAUAAGUUGAUUACUUUCAUGAAAUUACAGCAAAGGAGAAUGGAUUUUAAAGAAGUCAUAACACCUUUGAUCUUUAAGAAGUCUUUAUGGGAAAAAUCAGGCCAUUGGGACAAUUACGAAAAUAAUAUGUUCAAAGUAGAUGUGGUAGACUCUACAAAAGAGAUAUAUGGUCUGAAGCCAAUGAAUUGUCCCGGACAUUGCAUCAUAUAUAACAAAUUUGAUCAUUCCUACAACGAAUUACCGAUAAGGUACAGCGAUUUCUCUCCGUUGCAUAGAAAUGAAGCAUCAGGGGCCCUGUCCGGGCUCACAAGGGUGAGAAAGUUUCAUCAGGAUGAUGGACAUAUCUUUUGUGCACCUGAACAAGUAAAAUCAGAGAUCUCCAAGUGUUUGAAAUUGAUUGAUCUUUGUUACGGCAAAAUUUUCAAGUUUGGUAAUAAUUCUAAUGCUGCUCCCUACACAAUUAGCUUAUCUACUAGACCAAAAGAUCAUUUUAUUGGUAAUAUUGAAACAUGGAAUUAUGCUGAACAGAUUUUAAAAGAUGUUCUUGAGGCUUCUGGUAAACCGUGGGACUUAAACGAAGGCGAUGGUGCAUUCUACGGGCCAAAACUAGAUAUUAUGGUUAAAGAUCAUACAGGCAAGAAGCAUCAAGUGGCAACAAUUCAAUUAGAUUUCCAAUUGCCUGAGCGCUUUAAUUUGAGGUACAAAGACAGAAAUAAUACGCUACAGACUCCUAUUAUGAUACACAGGGCAGUUUUCGGUUCUCUGGAAAGGUUCAUGUCGUUGCUGAUUGAUCACUACAAUGGUAAGUGGCCCUUUUGGUUGAACCCUUUUCAAGCAAUGAUAUUACCCAUAAAUACAGACAAUGCCUUGCAAGUUGAUACCUGUAAACAAUUACAUCGGAGAUUACGUGGAAAUAAUGAAGAUAACGAGGUCCCAGUGACACCAAAUAGCUUUCAAUUUGAUGUAGACAUUGACGAAAGAUCGGAACCUUUAGGCUACAGAAUUAAAGAUGCCAUAACAAGAGAUUAUUCCUUUUUGAUUAUCAUUGGUGAAAAUGAAGUGAAAAAUGGCAAGUGCAGCGUUAGGACAAGAGAUGAUAGAACUUUGAAUUACUUAACAGCUGAUGAAAUAUUUGAGACGUUUUCUAACCUUGAAAAAAAUUAUAAAUAG